AUGGAUAUCUCCUCAACAUUUUCUUCUUCCCUUACUCUAUUUCUGUUACUAUCAGCUUUAUUCAUUUUAUUUUCUUGGUUGUUCUGUUACUAUCACUCUUUAAUUAAAUGUUUGAUUUCCUUCUACAAGAACCGAACCCGUCUCUUAGACUGGUUCACUAAUCUCCUCAUAGAGUCUCCCACCCAUACAAUCGUUGUACACCGAUUUGGCGCUCCACGGACCAUUAUAACUGCAAACCCAGGAAACGUAGAGUACAUCCUUAAAACCCAUUUCGCCAAUUUCCCCAAAGGCAAACCCUUCACUGAAAUCCUAGGAGAUUUUCUCGGUCGCGGCAUAUUCAAUGUGGAUGGUGAGCUAUGGCAUACCCAACGCAAGCUAGCCAGCUAUGAAUUCACAGCCAAGUCCUUAAGGGAAUUUCUUGUAAGUACUUUGGAGGAAGAAAUGGAGAAGAGAUUGUUUCCCAUUCUCGAAUCGGCAAUGGAUACUGGUAGAGUCAUCGACUUGCAGGAGUUGUUAGGGAGGUUUACUUUCGAUACUGUGUGCAAGCUUUCUUUAGGGCAUGAUCCUUGCUUCUUAGACAGGGAAGAGGCGGCGCCGCCUCUUCUGGCGGAGGCUUUCGAUGUUGCGUCGGAGAUAAGUGCACGGCGAGGGGCGGCACCGGUGUUCGUCGUGUGGAAGAUGAAGCGAGCAUUAUGCAUUGGCUCUGAACGGAAACUCAAAAAAGCGAUCCGACAGAUACACGUGUCGGUUCAAGAGAUGAUCAACGAGAAGAAGAUGAGAUCGGACGGAGUAGAUCUCUUGUCACGGUUGAUACAAAGUGGUCUGGAUGAUGAGGUGAUCAGAGACAUGGCUAUCAGCUUCAUCAUGGCGGGAAAGGACACCACGUCGGCAGCUAUGACGUGGUUAUUCUGGCUGCUUUCCCGCCAUCCUGACGUGGAAGAAGAAUUAGUCAAUGAAAUUGAAGAGGUGGUGGUCAAAGGCAAUGGUGGGUCGUUUGGGUAUGAGGAGUUGAAGGAGAUGAGAUUUCUUCAGGCGUCACUGUGCGAGUCCAUGAGGCUCUAUCCACCUGUCGCAUGGGAUUCUAAACAUGCCGUUGCUGAUGAUAAAUUGCCAGAUGGGACGAACGUCCGCAAGGGAGAUCGGGUAACCUACUUCCCCUACGGCAUGGGAAGGAUGGAAGCUUUGUGGGGGAAGGACCGGUUGGAGUUUAGACCAGACCGGUGGCUUGAUACUGAAGGUAGUGGUUUGAAGAAGGUGUCUCCCUUCAAGUUUCCUGUGUUCCAAGCCGGACCAAGGGUUUGCCUAGGGAAGGAGAUGGCCUUCAUCCAAAUGAAAUACGUAAUGGCUUCCAUAUUGAGCCGGUUUCGAUUAAGACCGGUCCGGUCAGACCAGCCCAAGUUUGUUCCUCUUCUGACGGCCCAUAUGGCCGGUGGGUUCAAAGUUCAGAUUUGUAGCAGGGAUUCUUCAUCACUACCUUCCUCCUUUCCUCUCCAGCAUCAGAUGACUCAGGAAUUCUAAAUCUAAUCUUGUGGAUAUUUGAUUAUUUUAUAUGUUUUAAUGAUCAAAAUAUUGUUAUAUAGAUUAUCAUAUCAAUUAGCUAGGGUGCAUCUUGUUGUCACAAAAUGGUAA